GCACAAACGGAGGCCCAAAACCAAAGAAGACGGGAAGACUGAGAUGUAUAUAUUGCUCUGUUUCUCCAUUCCUCGUCUCUGGAGAUUUUGUUCAUAUGUUUCGCGUCACUCCUCUUGAACUUUAGCUGGAAUCGGGAACUUUUGUUCGUCCACUCUCUCAGUUGAAUCCGUAAUAAGCUCGAUAAUGGCGUCGAUAACUUCUGCUAAGAGUUGCAAUAGUACUAGCAGUAGCUGCUGCCAAGUGUCGCCUUCGGCAUUGGUCCAAGAAAAAGCGAGUCGGAACAAGAGAAAAUUCAGGGCUGAUCCGCCGUUGAGUGAUAUGAGCAAGCCUUUAUCCAUGCCUCAAAUUGAUUAUGUGAGUUAUGAGUUCUCUGCUGAGAAGUUUGAGACCAUGACAAGACAAGGACAGGCUGCUCCUUGUGGCGCUUGUAAUCACAAGGAUUAUCUCGACGGGUUGAAACUUGACCUUGAAUUGUCCAGUGCCGCAGAUGCAUCCGAGGUCGGGCCCAGCCGGAAUAAGGAAGAAGUAGGAGCAGACGAGUCCGCUGAUUGGAGUGAUCUUACAGAAAGCCAGUUAGAAGAGCUUGUGUUGAGCAAUCUCGACACGAUCUUUAAGAGUGCCAUUAAGAAAAUCGUGGCUUGUGGCUACACUGAGGAAGUUGCUACAAGUGCUGUAUUGCGCUCUGGCCUUUGCUAUGGCUGCAAGGAUAUUGUGUCAAAUAUCGUGGAUAACACUUUGGCAUACCUGAGAAAUGGUGUGGAGAUUGAUCCUGGAAGGGACCAAUACUUUACAGACCUAAAGCAGCUGGAGAUGUAUGUUCUUGCUGAACUUGUUUGCGUUCUUCAAGAAGUAAGGCCUUUCUUCAGCACUGGGGAUGCAAUGUGGUGCUUACUGAUAUGCGACAUGAAUGUGUCACAUGCUUGUGCAAUGGAUGCUGAUCCCUUGAAUGGUUUUGGUGGUGAUGGAGGUCCGAUUGCGAGCUCCUCUAUUUCCAUCGAAAGCCGUCUUAGGUCGGAUGUGAAAAGUUCAGAACUGACCUUGUCAAAUCCUUGUAACGCAGUCCCUGCUGCUCCUUGUGCCCAUAAUUAUCAGUCAAAUGAACCUACCGUGGGAGUACAUCAAAAUUUAUCCCAGCCAGAAAGUUCGCCGGUACAAAAUAUAUCAGGAGAAACUGUGAGCAGCUCACUUGUUACUGUCAACAAAUCUUCGGAUUUUGCAGCAGCAUCUCUAGCCCCUGCUGUGGAAGAAAAAUUUGUUAGCAAAAAGGUUCAUGGUGGCAGCAAGAGAGAUUAUGCGCUUCGUCAAAAGUCACUACAUCUAGAGAAACACUACCGAACGUACGGUUCUAAAGGGUCCUCAAGGGCAGCGAAGCUUGGCAGUUUGGGUGGACUGAUGUACGAUAAGAAACUUAAAUCCAUGUCCGACUCAACUUCUAAGAGUGCUUCCUUAAAAACAAAUAAGGCAGUUGCAAUUAAUGCAGCUCAAGGAAACGGUCAUGGCGGUCUUUCAAACAGUUCGGAACCACCUUCUUCUGCAGUAUUCAAUUUGGAAAGUGUAUCUACCGCUCCGGAAGUUUCUCGUACUAAAAUCCCAUUAGAUUCACCUGUCGUGGGCAGCCCAUCUGUGGUAUCUGCACUGGUGAACGUGCCUCCAUUUUCGGCUACCAAUCCUGAUCUUUCUCUUUCACUUACUACAAAAAGCGACCUGGUCCCUGUCUCCACAAGUUGUAAUGCCGAGAGAUCCGAUUUCAAUUUUGCUGGAAUACCAUAUGACAAGACUUCUGGCCAAUGGGUACCUCGGGAUAAGAAAGAAGAGUUGAUCUUGAAGCUUGGUCCAAAAUUACAUGAUUUGCAAAGUCAGCUGCAGGAAUGGACCGAAUGGGCCAAUCAAAAGGUUAUGCAGGUUGCACGUAGGCUGAGCAAGGAUAAGGCAGAGCUCAAGGCACUGAAGCAAGAGAAAGAAGAAGUUGAGCGGCUGAAGAAAGAGAAGCAGGCUUUGGAGGAGAAUACCAUGAAAAAGCUCUCUGAGAUGGAAAAUGCACUGUGCAAGGCUAAUGGCCAAGUGGAGCGAGCAAAGUCUGCUGUCCGGAGGCUUGAGGUGGAGAAUGCUGCUUUAAGGCAAGAGAUGGAAACCGCCAAGUUAAGAGCUGCCGAAUCAGCUGCAAGCUGUCAGGACGUAUUUAAGAGGGAGAAGAAGAUGCAAAUGAAGUUGCAGUCCUGGGAGAAGCAGAAAACCAUGUUCCAGGAAGAGCUACUGACUGAAAAACACAGGUUUGCACAGCUUAUACAGGAUGUAGAUCAGGCUAAAGAUCUCCAUAAUCGGCGUGAGGCUAGGUGGCAACAGGAAGAUAAGGCAAAGGAAGAUUCAUGGGUGCAGGUCAAUUCAUUGAGAAAAGAGACGGAACAGAUAGAGGCUUCCACAAAAUCCAAGGAACAGCUCACUAAAUCGGAUGCAGAAAACACUUCACAGAAGUACAAUGAGGAUAUCCAGAGGCUUGAAAAGGAAAUCUCUCAGUUGAGGCUGAAGGCAGACUCUUCCAAAAUCGCUGCUCUUUGGAGGGGGAUCGAUGGAAGUUAUGCCAGCAGGCUCACGGACCCAGGAAAGGGCUCUCAUAACUUGCCCGAAGACCCUCUUAUGCUGGAGGUUGUGGACUUCCAAGAGUACUUGGGGAUUGGUGUACGACGUGAGAGAGAGUGCGUGAUGUGUCUCUCGGAAGAAAUGUCUGUGGUGUUCCUCCCCUGUGCCCAUCAAGUGGUGUGCUCGACAUGCAAUGAGCUCCACGAGAGGCAAGGUAUGAAGGAUUGCCCUUCUUGUAGGAGCCCCAUCCAGCAAAGGAUCUCUGUGCGUUUUCCUCCUGCUCGCUCUUAAUAUAUUUUCCUAAAAGCGAGCGUGACUCAGUCUCCUGAAUAAUGGGUUGAUGGACUCCUCUGAAAUGAAUAAGUGAAUUGAAUAUUACUCCUCCAAA